GCGGAAUAGAUUUCGCCAAGAAGAAUCCAGUCACCUCAAAUCUUCAACCGUCGAACUUCCCUGAAGACGACACCAUUCACUUAGGCUUCGACAACUCGCAGUACCUCGACAUGACUACCUCUGCUGCGGCAUCGCUUCCUACACCAUCUCCUCUCACGAAAUUCUUCUCUUCCAAUCCCACUAGUGACCCCCUCCAAACCCUAGCCCUCCAGAUCCAGCACAACCUCACUCAUCAACACGCCUGGACCGCAACACGCCUCCACACACACUCUACAAUCACAAACGCUCCUCUCCCGCGCCCGUUACUAUCGGGCUUGCCCCCGCUGCGGCUAUAUACCCAUCCAGAUGAGCAAGUUCAAUUGCUGAAAGAGGCGGAAGCGAGGAGGAAAGCCGGGAGGACGAAGCAAGCCGAGAAGCACACCGAUGCCCAGGAGGAGAAAGACGAAGCAGAACCUGAAGGAUUGGACGUGCAUGCCGAACCGGAGCGCGAAUGGGUAUUACCAAUGCGGUUGAGCGAGCGGUGGAGCUUGAAGAGGUUGGCGGAGGUGUUCGACGCGAUCGAGCUUACUCCUCCACCUGGUACUGAACACGAGGCGGGUGAGGAGAAGGAGAGCAAAUGGAGAACAGCUAAGAGGGUGGUGUUGGCGACGGUCGAUUCGGAUAGCACGGUGGUUUAUUAUAUCGUGCAUGAUGGGGUUGUGAAACCGAGGCAGAAUUAAAGAGUUGGAGACAAAGAGUCCUGUUCACGCGCCCUUAUGCCUCCAAAGUCACUGGGCGCUUCCCAAUUAUCGCUCCCUUUGCGUCUUCAAGGAUUGACCGCAAAGAAGGUAUGGUAACGCUCGGCUUCUAUGAGUGGUAGAGAACGCCUAUGUGUUCCUAAGGAACUGGGUGCUUUCCCCGUAGGCUGUCUGUAGACCCAGAGUACUUUUUCAAGGAAAGAGGCCGAAAUUGGUAUCGGAUGUAACAGCUCACGCUAAAUAGGUGGCCCUCAAUUGGCGAGAGAAGAUGCCAAAGACCACACCUUUCAAUCCCUGAAG